AUGAUGCCAAAGGCUACAUCUUCCUCCACAGACGAUUUUCAAGCAUCUCAAAUGUUUCCUGUGAAUGAAUAUUUGGCUUCAUCUUCUGUUGAACUAAGUUCUUCCUCAACUUCACACUCUUCUACCUCCCUCCUCUGCUAUCUCUCUCUUCUGAAGGACAAGCUAGGUCAGCUGCAGAACCUGGUUGAUGUUCUUGUCACCCCUCAACAUAACCUAACUCCCAUGGCAAUCUCCACCAUGAACGCAACACUCGAAGAAAUCAUAGUGGCAGCCACAUCAAUGAGAUUUACCUGUCAGCAAAUGACUCUUGGUUCCUCUUCAGGUACUAGUAUUGCUAAUGAAUUGCACCGAAACCAGAACCAGCAACAACUUGAUCAUGGUAGCGUAUUAUCACCUCAUCAUCCAUCAAACUUUGGCAACAACAAUAGGGGUAUGCUUAGUAUGAGUAGCAUUAACAUGAGCUCUUAUAUGAUUAGAGGGCAAAGUAAAUUCCUAUCUGGUAUAGAAGGAGGGGCACUGGAUUGGUUUGGUGAAAGCUACAACAAUAACAAUAUUGGAGAUUGUAACAUUAAGGAUGAAGAAGCCGACAGGAACAUCAUGGGAGAGAGUGAUGUAAUCGAAUUGGAUGCUGCUGAUUUGUUGGCCAAGUACUCUUAUUUUUGCCAAGUGUGUGGGAAAGGGUUCAAGCGUGAUGCGAAUUUGAGGAUGCACAUGAGGGCUCAUGGGGAAGAGUACAAAACAAGUGCAGCCUUGAGCAACCCAAUGAAAAGGAGGGAGAGUUUAUUGGGUGAGGGAAGUUCCAGCAAGAAAUAUUCGUGCCCUCAAGAAGGGUGUAGGUGGAACCAGAAACAUGCAAAGUUCCAGCCAUUGAAGUCAAUGAUCUGUGCUAAAAACCAUUACAAGAGGAGCCACUGCCCCAAGAUGUACGUGUGCAAUAGGUGCAACCAGAAGCAGUUUUCGGUGCUUUCUGAUUUGAGGACACAUGAGAAGCACUGUGGGGACGCCAAGUGGCAGUGCUCCUGUGGGACAACAUUUUCUAGGAAAGACAAGCUUAUGGGCCAUGUUGCUUUGUUCGUGGGACACACCCCAGCUGUUCAUGGCUUCUCGACAUUUGUUCGAUGA